CAUGGCGGCGUCCGUGGCGCGCCCGUUGCGCGCAGCAGGCAGGCUGCAGAAACCGGCUGCUUGGCCUGUAUUCUUUCUGGUGCUGCUCCGCUGCCUUUGGGGAGUUCUGGGCACCCCUGCGGUCCGGAAUUCUUUAAAUGAUGAUCUGUUGCUGCCAUAUUCUCCACCACAACACGGGCCACAGCAUCUCCGGGACAUCCGAGAUUGUCAGGCUCUCCUGGCGGGCAAUGCAGCACAUGAAUCCUGGCCUGCCGACAACAGCAGCGUCUUCCCACUGGCCAUCACAAGCAGCUUUGUCUCCUACUUCCCUCCUCAGGAUCAGAAUAGCCGGCAAGUAUACGGCCACCUCACUGUUGCCAGGGCCCCUCUGAGGACGUUCUCCGUGUUAGAGCCUGGUGGGCCAGGAGGCUGCCGUUCCCGCAGCAGAGGGACAGUGGAAGAGACCGCGAGGCUCACCAAGUGCCUUGUGGCUCAGAAUGGGGGCUAUUUUGACAUGGACACGGGCGAGUGCUUUGGAAACAUCGUGAGUGACGGGCACCUGGUGCAAACCUCUGGGGGAGUGCAGAAUGCUCAGUUUGGGAUCCGGAAAGAUGGAACUUUGGUUUUCGGCUACCUCUCCAAGGAGGAGGUGCUGGCCAAAGAGAACCCCUUCGUGCAGCUCGUGAGCGGCGUGGUUUGGCUCUUGCGAGACGGGGAGGUGUAUAUCAACCAGAGUCGCGCAGUGGAAUGCGACGAGACCCAGAAAACAGGGACCUUCGACAGAUUCAUCAAUACUGUGUCCGCCAGGACAGCUGUGGGGCACGACAGGCAAGGGCGGCUGGUGCUGCUGCACGUUGACGGGCAGACGGACGCGAGAGGCCUCAGCCUCUGGGAAAUGGCCGACUUCCUGCAACAGCACGGGGUUGUCAACGCGAUCAACCUGGAUGGCGGCGGAUCCGCAACCUUGGUCUUGAACGGAACGCUUGCAAGUUACCCGUCAGAUCACUGCGCGUCUAACCCCAUGUGGCGCUGCCCACGGAAGAUUUCCACUGCCAUCUGCAUCCAUGAGCCUGUAUGCUGGCCCCCAGACUGCAGUGGGCAUGGGCGCUGUGUGCUCGGGCAGUGCCAGUGCAGCGGGGGUUUCUGGAGCGGACCAGCCUGUGACGUCUUGGACUGUGGCCCUUCCAACUGCACCCUGCACGGGAUGUGCACAGAGAUGGGAUGCCUCUGCGACGCCGGGUGGAUGGGCGCCAAUUGCAGUGAAGCGUGCACCCUGGGCACCUACGGCGAUGGCUGUGCGCAGAAGUGCCUCUGUCGCAAUGGAGGGACAUGCAAUCCCAUGAACGGAUCCUGCGGGUGUGCAGAGGGCUUCCGAGGAACCCUCUGUGACGACGCAUGUCCCCCUGGACAGUACGGAAAAAACUGCCAGCACGCCUGCCAGUGCCCAAACCAGUGUCCUUGCGACCCCAGGACGGGCAGCUGCAACUCGACUUGGGAGUUGCCCGGGACGAGUGGCUCAGCCGGAGCCGCGCAGUGUCUGCUGAAGGCCCAGCAGGAGGAGUCGCUGUUCUCAUGGAAGGCCUGGAUUGUCAUAUGUGUCUUGUUGCAGCUGCUUCUGGUCAGCGUCCUGGUGAACAUCAGACUUUGCAGGGGCUCCUUUGGCCGACAUGGGCGUAGCAGGUACGCCUAUCACCCCCUGGAAGAAAUCAAUGGGGACACCACCGACCGCUGUCUGCCUGCAAAAGAGGACCACACGGAGGAGGCCUGGGACCCAAAUCAGACUGAAAGGGACGUGUUCCUUUCGUGAGAGUGGGCAGAGGACGCUCUCGGUUGCUGUAGCGCAGCGGUGCUUCAGAGCAGGAUCUUCCGGGGAUCCCGCUGUGCUCUUUGCCUACUCCUUUCGUCAGCCUCCACCCCUUCUGAAAUCUGUGGAUCUCCUUCUACAUCUGCCUCCUCUGGGAAAAGGAGUCUGGGCCAGCCUUGAUAUUGCAAGUUCCCAAGGUGGACAUCCUAAACAGCAGCCCCUUCUAGAAACAACACAAAUUUUGGAAAACAAUCUGACAAUGUAGGCAACAAACCCUGAAAGGGCUCACUGGCGGCAUCCUGAAGCUGAAAGGGCUAACAAAGGCAGCACCAGCUUGUGCCGUUUUGUUCAUCAGCAGCAUCUGUGCUUUCCUCCUAAAUUUCACGGGGAAGCUGGUCUUCUGCUGCACCAUGAGAGAAGGGCUUCUCCAGUCUUGGAGCAGCAAGGCCUUUGUCUCAGAAAUCUUCUUUUCCAAACUUGGAUGCAUUGAAAGGCAGUCAAAUGGAGGCAAUUGAUGGCCACCAGGAGCUAUCAAUGGCUACUGGCCAUGAGGGCUGUAUCUUACCUCUGGUAGCAGAGGUGGUGUGUGGGGAUCUGGUUCUUCACCGUAGGAACAGGAUGCUGGCUUAGACUGGCCUUUGAUCCAAUCCGGGGCAGCUCUGUUUAUGUUCUUAAAUGCAUUUACUAAUACAUGUUUUUUCUGCCUUUCUCUAAAUCAGGGGUGGGGGAGUGUAACUUACCCUUAUCCCUGGGCAACUGUUCAUGUUGGCCAGGGCUGGUGAAGUUUGAAUUCCCAACAUCUGAAGGGCUGCAGGUUCUUAGUCUAAAUUUGGAUGGCCAGAAAGUAGAUCUCCAGAUGUUUUAGAGUUCCAGCUUGCUGGCUUUUGGUCAUGCAGGCAGGGACUUCUGGGAGUUGAAGGGCAAAACCUCUGGAUGUCUUCCUUCAGGCCAUCUCUGCUCCAAAUGAUACCGUGGGAGGUGACAGCAUGUUCUGCCUUGUCGCAUACUCCAUAUGACUCACAGGAUGGAGGCAUAAAUAUAGUCACAGAAUGGCUAUCAUGCUCAUGGGUACAGCAGACAGAAUGACCUGAUCAGCUUAACCAGUUCGUCAAGACUUGGUGGAGUUCAGUGCCAACCAUUAUGAUACCCAUUAGAAUAAACUGAUGGAUGCUAAUCACUGAUGGAUCUAGCUGUAGAAGCAGCAGAUCUAAGUUUACUAAGCUGUUGAGGAAAAUGAUAGGCAAGGAUUAUGUGUUCUUAUCCCUGUAUCAGCCAACAGACGACCCAUGGUUUGCUGUUAGCUGCAUAAGCUUCAGUAUCCCUGCCUGGUAAGAAGGGAAGGUGAACUGCGUUUGCUUGGGUUUAGCAAACUGUUUCUCCAGUUGGAUAAAGCCUCAGAAUACUGGAAUGAUGCACUAUUCUGAUUCCUAUCAAGUCUUUUCAGUAGAAUGUAUGCUUUCUGUAAUGUUUAGGGGCCGCCUUCUGCAACCUUCAACAGGUUGUCUUUCUGAGAACUUCAUGCAGGGGAAAAACAACCUGGAGCAAAGACGUGUGUUCUGUUUGGCCCGCACUGAACAAAUUUAAAGCUCAUAACUCACUGACAGAGUGUGCACAUGAGAUGCGGAAGUGCCAGCUUCUAACCCCAGUGGCUGGGGAACUGGAAAUGACCUAGAGGGUUGUAAGAAGAACGCAUCCGCGUGCUGACUCAUUACAAGGCAACUUCCUCUUUCCUCCAUUCUGAGUAGUUUAGGAAUCAAACUCUCCCCCGCCCCCCCGCCCCCAACCACCAUUCCUGUGUUAGAAAACUUUCUGGGAGUGGGUGCUUAUGGGAACUGAAAUCUCUCACGGUUAAUUCAGCUCUUAAAAGAUCUGUGAGUGCUUCCAAACUAUGAGCAUCCACCAAGUGGCGAUUUUCAGUUGAUCAGUUUGUUUUAGCUUUUAACCAGGUAGCUUAAGUUGUAUAUUUAAGUCGUACGUUUUCAGAACGGGUGCCUUUGUGAGCUUAUCGAA